AUGGUACAUGCUCGCGAUGAAAUCAGAAGGAAAUUGGAGCAAAUUACGGCUCGAUUGAACCCGCCUGUGGUCCCUUCUUCUACAGCCAACGACCAGAAGUCCACAUCAGUAUGUAGAGUGUCACCGUUAGCCGGUGGAUUCGCCUUCGUUCGUCGAUUUCAUGCCACUCAGCCUGAUGUCAAUGAUCCCGAUAACUUCCUCGUUGAAAUGAUUUGGAGUGAUGGUGAGCGCACUUUUGUUGGGCGAACUCGGAACGAUAUCAACACGCUGCACCAUCGUCUCCUUGAUAUGUUUGGUGAAGAACGGCGAGAAAUGAAGCACACUCAGGAUGCAGAGACAGAACGCCCAGAAUCUGCAUCAUCUUCGCGUACCCCGUCGCCCACGGCGACUGACUCCAAUGCUACCCCUACUCCUGCUUUAGGAACGUCUGCAUUACGGAUAUUACCGUAUUUCUCAAUGGAUUGCUCACCUGCUGCUGUUAUUCAAUACAUAAAUGCACUAUCGGACUUGCCGGCAAGAAUGAUGCUGAGCUCCGUCAUUUAUGAGCAGUUUUUCGCUUCAAGGCUAAGCUCCGAGGAACUU